AUGCCUUAUCGAACGGGAAACUAUUGGUUGCAGUUGACGAUAUUCGUAUCAUGCUGGUUUAGAGCUCUGGAGGUCGUGCUGGCUGUAGAUGUGAACGUGACAGUGGACGACACACACCCAACCAUUCUAUACCUCCCCUCCAACGCCUGGCAAUCCAACUAUGACGGACUUUGCACCAGUUGUUCAGACAUCGACCCCACGUUUAUCCGCAACGCUUCCUACCAUUUCGUUCUCCCUCAAGAUAGCCGGAGACGGGAUAGGCGACGCAGGUCGACAUCGUCUUCAAGCCUCAAGCGGAACUUACCCAUAGAGGCACUCGCAUCAAUUGGCCGACAUUCUCUCGAUCCGACCAGACCUCACAAAUUGGAGCGACCGCAACAUGGGAGCCACGAGAGAAGAUCACCAGUCUCAGAUGACGACGCCAAUUCACAACGGGAUCGGUCCUCAAGACGGAAACCUCCAAGAGACUCGUUUGCUGAUGGGGAGAGUGGGGAUGGAGACUUUCUGUCAGAAAUAUCCGCUACGUUACGCUUUGAAUUUAUAGGGUCUGCGAUUUACCUAUUCGGAGUACAGCCUACAUCAUCCUCGACAACGCCCUCCUCAACUGUCGUCUUCGAGAUUGACGGGACUCGUUAUCCACAACCUCCACUACAGGACCCUCGAGCUUCAUCGCCAUACAAUGCCACCCUCUUCGUUCAGACAGGCCUGUCAGAAGGCCCCCACGCACUCACAGUCACAGUAGGAGAUGGCUCCGAGUUCCUCUUCGACUAUCUCGUAUACACUCAAUCCAAGUCACCCUCUGGCGUCCAUCAAUUCAUGGCACUUCCGCCCAACAGUGCCACAUCCGAGCCCACCGCAAGCUCGAACAGCAAGAAAAACGUCACCACAUUCGCCGCGGCCGUCGGUGGUAGCGUUGGUGUUCUUGCCAUCCUCUCCGCUGGACUCGCGAUCAGCCUUAUACGCCGUCGGUACCUUGCCCGUAAACGCGAACGCGAAAACCGCGAGGGCGAUCCCAACGAUCCAGAACGCAUACGUCAACAACAAAUGGCAAUGGCGGGCCCCGAUGUCUUCAUCCCGAGAUUCUUCCCUGGUACCGAAAUCCCUCCAGGUGACCCACCCACGUACCACGAAACGGUCAACGCAGAUCGUAUCAAUGCAGGCAGCCAUCCCAUAUCCCCAGGCGCACCUGGCCCACCAGCGAGCGGGAAUGGAUCUGUGUUGCCCAACCACAUCGCCUAUCCGUAUCUUCUGUCGAUGGGGAUGCAGAACUAUCCAUAUUUACAUCAUCCGCCUCCACUCGGGUCACCUGUUUCGCAAUUAUCAUAUGCGGAUAUUCCACCCGACUCACCUCCACCUCCCCCGGACCUUGUGUUGAACGACGACGACGACGACCAUGGGCUUGAUGGGCUUGGUGGACGUCGCGUACCUGACACUCCCCCUCCUCCCCCGCCCCUUCCGCUUCCAUUCCCUGAACCUACACAGGUACGACAUGUCGAUGUCGGUGUAGGAGGAACGCAAGAAGACUUGGCGAUCACUCCCCAGCGACCGCCAGCCCUGGUGUUAGACGGGCCAAGCCAUCCCCCUGGUAUCGUUCUAAUUCAGGGGCUGCACCGACAGUUCCAGUGGAAUCCGUUCCGCUCCUCAAUCAAAUCCCUCAUUCAAAUAAUUCGAGUUCUGAUUCGAUACCUCUACGUCGGACAAGAAGCGCGUCUAGAUAGUGUUUUAGGGGUUUCAACGCUGGCGGGAUUUGACUUGGGAGGUAUGUGGACAGUCCUCCGGUCGACGUUGGAUGGAGGUUCUGAGGACCUCUUCGUUCUCCAGGGUACUUUGGAUCAUCGGGCUUUAAGUUAUGGCUUAAUUACAGGAUAUGGUUGGGACGGACUGGUGGCGUUCACGCGGUUUACCCUCCUGCGCCUGGUUAGCAAGCUGCAAGCUGGAGUCCGCCUGACACUUACACCCGACUAA